AACGAAGAGGAGUGAGUGAGUGAGACAGACUUAGAUUAGUGGCCCUGUAAAUGUGUAGAUCGAUAGUGUCUUUCUUUAUCUUUAGUGUUUAAUAUCAUUCUGAGAUGGGAGAUCUCCAGAAAAGAAGUAAGCUGGUUUCCUACUGUGUGGGCUGUGGGCAUCAGAUCCGGGACCGCUUCAUCCUGCGGGUUUUCCCUGAUCUGGAGUGGCACGCGCAGUGUCUGAAGUGCGCGGAGUGCCAGCAGUCUCUGGACGAGUCCUGCACCUGCUUCAUCAGAGACGGCAAAACCUUCUGCAAAGACCACUACAGCAGGUGCGUGCCGUUUUCAAAGGAGUGCCGCUUUACUUAUCGGAAAUUAUGCACCAGUAAAUGUGCAAAAUGCCACAAAGCCUUUAUCAGCAAAGAGUAUGUCAUGCGAACACGAGUGAAUAUUUAUCACGUCCAGUGUUUUCGAUGCGAGGGCUGCAAUCGUCCGUUACUCCCUGGAGAUGAGUAUGUUCUGCAGGAAGGUCAUCUGCUCUGUACAGACCACCAUGAGCUUUUCAACAAAUUCAUCGGUACUUCAGAUAAACAACAUAAAGAGACUGUUGAUCCAUCCGAGGGCAUCAAAUCCACACCGUCCUGGUCGUCGAUGGAGAGGAGGUCAGAGAGAUCCACGCGUGUGAGGACGGUGCUCAGCGAGUCCCAGCUCCACAUGCUGCAGACCUGUUACAGCGCCAAUCCCAGACCGGACGCCCUCAUGAAGGAGCAGCUGGUGGAAAUGACGGGCCUCAGUCCUCGGGUCAUCCGCGUCUGGUUCCAGAACAAGCGAUGCAAAGAUAAGAAAAGAGGUCUGAUGAUGAGAAACACACAGAAGCAGCUUGACGGAUGUCUGAAGCUUUCAGAGGAGCCGCUACUGCUGGCCAGUCCAGAGGAGCUAGACAGUGACUUGCUGAUAAACCCACAAUGGAAACUACUGACCGACUUCAUUCUGCAGAAGGAUGCUGAACACAGAUCAUGCCAGCAACUGCUUUCUUUAUCAAAGGAAGGUCCAUGUUCCGCUGGAAGUGAAGUUGUGUCAAUAUCAGCUCAGCUAGCAGACCCACCCAGCAGCCUGACAGCAAGUCCUGCAGACAUCAGUGAGUAAACAGAGCCAUCUCCCACCACUGAAACAGCCAGUGCUUGACAAUGAUGAAGGUCUCCUUUAUAUAGACUACCUUUUAAAAGUUUGGGGUCUGUAAGAUAUUUUUGGGUUUUUGAAAAAAGUCUCUUAGGAUCACAAAGGCUGCAUUAGUACAGUAAAAACAGUAAUAUUGUGAAUAUGAUUAUAGUUUAAAAUAACUGUUUUCUAUUUGAAUCUAUUUUAAAAUGUAAUUUAUUCCUGUGAUCAAAGCUGAAUUUUUAGCAUCAUUACUCCAGUCUUCAGUGUCACAUGAUCCGGUCACAUGAAAUUAUUCUAAUAUGCUGAUUUGUUGUAUUUAUAACAUUAUAAAUGUAUUUGAUGAUCAAUUACUGUGUCCAAUUUAUAUCAAAAAACCUAUUACUAAUUCAAAACCUUUGAAUGGUAGUAUAUAUAUUAUUAGAAUAAUAGUCAAUUACUGUGUUUAAAUUUCAUAAUCUCAGGAUGUUCCUGCUGGGAUAGAAUUUGACAAAGUAUUAGUGCUCUGACUACUAUUAUUUUACCAUGUAUUUUUCAGUUAGAAUGAAUUGUUAUUGUAUUUUAUUCCUCAGCAUAUAUAAUUAUAAAUGGUUUUAUGAACCUGUGUGCUUCAUUUUCUUAAUUUGUU